UUUUUAUUUUGCCAUCUUUCCAGUUCUCCGCCAUCUGUAGUCUCUCUCCAACGCACACCACUUAUCGUCGUUGUUGCUAUUGUCGCGUGCAACAGCACCGCCAUUAUUCUACACAUUGCCGCCGUCGCCAGGUCAGCAUGUCACACCAGACCGCACGCCGGCCGCUACCACCCACCAGCCUAGAAUGCCCCCUGGCAUCGUUGGGCCGCAACAGCAGCGCCGUCAUCGAUUCCCUUACGGGCCAUCAUCAGCCGCCAUAUCAUCAUCCGCUGAGUUCCAGUCCACUCGAUCCGCAAGUCUAUCAAAUGUCCCGCACCUCACCAGACCUCAGCAUCGACGCGGACGACAUCAUCUAUACACCAUCGGCAUCACAACAAGGUGGCACUGUAGAUGGACUGCUCGAUGAAUUGGUCGAUAUUGAGGAAGAUGCAGAUGCUGCUGCCGUUGCAGCUGCGUCGGCUCAACACAAUCACGCGCUGCCAGAAAUGUUUCAACUGCCGCGUAGUGGAUCGCAUGGUAGUGCCACAUCAGCCGCACGUAUAACACGACAUCAGGGUGGACGUUGCAGUGUGCCGACGGUGGCGGGUGCGAUCAAUGGAAAUACAGCGCGUAAUGUACAAUACUUUUUAGAAAAGAAAAUGGAUGCGCUCUAUUUGGGCAAUGCGAUACGCGCGCUGCCGCUGGGCUCAGAGGCGAACCAUUUUCAAAAUGAGCGCUAUUUCCUCGAGGAUGGACUGCGCAAUAUAUGCAAUUACAGCAAUGGCGGCGAACGGCUAACAGACGCGCACUACUUGCGACAUCGCACAUCCAGUCCCAGCGAAACGAGUGGCUCCGAUCGUUAUUUGCUCAAUCGCACUGGCUCGCCGGCAGACGCUUUCAGCUCAUCCAAUCAUUUGGAUAAUUUUUCCAAUUCAAACAACAAUAACAAUUCCUCCAACCAUGCGCUCGAUCAACGUUUCCAUCACACCAAAGUGAAAAGCCUCUCCGACGGACUCUGCAACAUCGGUCGCUUCUCACCUAGUCUAGACCAGGGCUAUGCCACGCUUGUUUCGCCAUCGCCAACCGGUCAUCAUCCGAACACAAUCACAACGCAUAGCAUCGUUCACCAUCCACCGCCGUCGACAACUACGCUAACAGCGGUAACACGCGCGCGACACAAUGACAAUGUCGCGCCGCCACCGUGGAACAAAAAGAUUUUUCGCUCUGGUCCACUCUUCGAUCGGCUGCCCGAUGAAGUUGUGUUACGGAUUUUCAAUUGGUUCGAUAGUUGCGAAUUGUGCAUUUUGGCGCGCGUUUGUCGACGCUUCGAUCAACUCGCGUGGCGGCCCACACUAUGGAAGGUGAUUUCGCUCAAAGGUGAACAUCUGAAUGGCGAUAAGACGCUGAAAAUGAUCUUUCGACAGCUGUGCGGACAAACAUGCAAUGGCUCAUGCCCCGAGGUGGAGCGAGUUAUGCUUUCCGAGGGUUGCCGCAUAUCGGACAAAGGUUUGCAGCUGCUGACACGACGCUGUCCAGAGCUGACGCAUCUACAGCUGCAGACGUGCGUGCAGGUGUCCAAUCAGGCGCUGAUGGAUGUGCUUACGAAAUGUACCAACUUGCAGCAUCUGGAUGUGACAGGCUGCAGUCAAGUGCUCAGCAUCAGCACACAUCCGAACUUGGAACAGCCACGUCGCUUGCUGCUGCAGUACUUAGACCUUACCGACUGCAUUGUGCUGGACGAUGUAGGUCUUAAGAUCGUGGUGAAAAACUGUCCGCAGCUGGUCUAUCUCUACCUUAGGCGCUGUAUCAAAAUCACAGAUGCCGGCCUCAAAUUCGUGCCAAGCUUUUGCGUCGCACUCAAGGAGCUCAGCAUAUCCGAUUGCGUGAACAUUACCGAUUUUGGUCUCUACGAACUCGCCAAACUGGGCGCAAUACUGCGUUACCUCUCGGUGGCGAAGUGUGAUCGCGUCUCCGAUGCUGGCCUCAAGGUGAUCGCGCGUCGCUGCUAUAAGUUACGCUAUCUGAAUGCGCGUGGCUGCGAAGCGGUUAGCGAUGAUUCCAUCACUGUGCUGGCUCACUCCUGUCCGCGCCUGCGCGCGCUCGACAUCGGCAAGUGUGAUGUCAGCGAUGCGGGGCUGCGUGCACUCGCCGAAAGUUGUCCAAAUUUGAAGAAGCUCAGCUUACGGAAUUGUGAUAUGAUUACGGACCGGGGCGUGCAGUGCAUCGCCUAUUACUGUCGCGGUCUUCAGCAGCUGAACAUACAGGAUUGUCAGAUAUCGAUUGAGGGUUAUCGGGCGGUGAAGAAGUAUUGCAAGCGUUGUGUUAUAGAACAUACAAAUCCGGGAUUUUGUUAAAAGGGCAAAUUUUUUGUUGGGACAUAGGGAUUACUGCGCUGUUGGCGCCGGAGGGUGCGCAGCGAGAAAUGAAAAGAGGCAAUAUAUAGAUGUAGAUUUGAGCUUUCAACAAUGUGGAUUUGAUUUCAUUUGACUCGAAAGUUGGAAAAUUUAGGCUGGAAGAAAAGCAUGUUAGUUGAAAUUUUAUAUUUUAUUGCUAUAAAGCUUUCGUAAGUUCUCUCUACUAGAACUUCAUUAGUUGAACUUAUCUUUGAUGUGUAAACCUUUUAUAGUAGAACCCCACAACAAGUUUUUCAGGUGUUGUAGCUUUUGGCGCUGAAGUGGUAAUAUAAACCUUACAGCUGAAUAGAGCGCUGAAAGCUUGAAAAGCUUGUUGUGGAACUGCGCUUUCAGCUCUGGGCAUGUGUAAAAUUUGCGUUAACCCAGCAAAAAAUCUGUUAUUGGUUCUUGUGUGUACAAAUAGACAUUUAAAGGCUAGUUCAGGGCUAUUUCAGGACCACUUGGGGACUAGCUGAGGAUCACUUCGGGUCUAGUUCACGACUAAUAUAUUUAUGCAUGUAACUUCUAUUCUGUAUCAGUGACAAAUUCUUGCCACAGUUUUUUACACGGAAAAAUAUAUGAAAAAUCGCAUAAUGAUUUGCCAAGGCGUAUGCGGAUGUUUGCACAUCAAAUGUUAUGAGUACCUGGUGCUCACGGCUUUUUUUAUUCUACUCGAUAGGGUCAAAAACUCUGCACUCUAUAGAAAUUAUUUUAGCUCAGUUAAUCAUAUGUUUCAUCAUUCUAAGUUUCUCUGGUGGUCAGCAAUAAAUCAGCUUAUAAAUCGCAUAACUGAAUAAAACGCCGAAAGCCUGAAAAGCUCUAAACACCUAAAAAAAAAGGUGAUGUUCGGUUCCACUCUAAGGCUGCAUUUCCACUAGGCAUUAAAUGGCUAAAAUUUGAAU